AUGUUGUUUUAUUUAUUACUUCUUACUCUUUUUACAAAUCAAUAUGUUGAAGCUCAGUUUGGACCGUUCAGGCAAGCCUUUGAUUACGUUACUGUACGUGAAGGAGCACAUAUGUUCUAUUGGCUGUUCUAUACUACUGCCUCUGUCCAAAAUUAUACCGAUCGCCCCUUAGUAGUAUGGCUGCAAGGUGGCCCAGGAGGUUCUUCCACUGGAAUCGGCAACUUUGAUAUUUUGGGACCGCUUGAUCUGUCUUUACGAGAGAGGAAUUAUACAUGGGUAAAAAAUUUCAACGUUCUCUUUGUUGACAAUCCUGUGGGUACAGGUUUCAGUUAUGUCGAUGACCCAAAAUACUUGACAACGACAAAUAUAGAAAUUGCUGAAGACUUUCUGGAAUUGAUGCGCGGGUUUUAUAGAUCUCAUCCUGAAUUUGAAGGAGUUCCUCUUUACAUUUACGGUCAAUCGUAUGGAGGAAAAAUGGCUAUUGAUAUUGGGAUUUUAAUCCAUGAAGCUGAAAAAGCAGGCACAAUAAAAUCGAAUCUACGAGGUAUAGCUAUGGGUAACUCGUGGAUAUCUCCAGUUGAUGCCACGCUAACCUGGGGACCUCUGCUACUAGCCGCAGGUCUUGUUGACGAAGAUGGGUACAUGAGUAUUCAGCGAGAAGCUCGCGAAGCUGAAAGAUUAUUUAAGAAUGGAUUAUACGUUAAUGCAACACGACAGUGGGCACGAACGCAACGGGCAGUGUUCGAUGCAACUACAAGUGUUGAUUUCUACAAUAUUUUGACAAAAAUGGCCGUAACACAACCAGACACCUCGAAAAGUGAUUAUGAGGCUGCAAGGGAUUUUCUAAUUCGUGACAGGCCCUUUCUAUCAACUGCCAGGCAAGACGAAAUUGAUCUUAAUACUCUAAUGAAUACGCAAGUGAAGGCGGCACUCAAUAUACCUGACCACGUUGUUUGGGGCUCUCUGUCUAACGCCGUAUUCGAUUACCAAAAUGGCGAUUUCAUGAAACCAGUUACCGACGGAAUUGAAAAGUUAUUAAACGAGACAGAUAUUAUCCUUACGAAAUACAACGGGAACCUUGACCUUAUUUGCGACACCCCAGGUCAAAUACUAUGGGUCGAUAGACUUAAAUGGGCUGGAGCAGAGGAAUACAAAAAGGCACCCCGAAUGCCUAUUUGGGAAAAUGAUCGCCUGGAAGGAUACUAUAAGUCAUACGGAAACUUCAGAUUUUUCUGGAUUAAUGUAGCGGGUCACAGUGUACCAAGGGAUAAUCCGGACGGUAGCCGUGCCUUUUUACGUGAUAUGACUUCUUUUGGAUAA